GACAGAAAAAGAAACCCAUUUUUUUUUACAUAUUUUUCUCCAAAAACCCACCUCUAGAGAGAGAAACCGAGGGUUUUGGGGGAAGUGGAGUAAAGGGUUGAGAGAUAUUAGGGUUCUCUUUUCUGGGUAUACUUUCAUUUUUCUUCUGAUUUGUCCCAGUUUCCAAUUUGGCUCCUUUUUAUUUUUUAUUUUUGAAAAAAAUUAUAUAUUUUUGGAGGAGAAGGAGAAAUGUACAUAGCUUCCAUGCGAAAGUCCUUCAAGGAUUCUCUCAAGGCUCUUGAAGCUGAUAUUCAACAUGCUAAUACUCUGCUGUUGAAAAAGUUCUAUUUGGAGAGAUGUUAAGUUGUUUUCCCAAUUGUAUUGCUGCUUUUACGCUGUCAUUUUUUGAAUGAAUUUAUCCGGUGAGACGCAGGGCUUCAGAUUUUCCUAGGGAUUAUGAUGGUGCUUCUCUUCAAAUGAGGAUAUCAUACAGUCCUGCUGCACACUUCUUCCUUUUUCUGGUACAAUGGACUGACUGCCACCUCGCAGGAGCUCUUGGACUGUUGAGAAUUCUUAUGUACAAGGUCUAUGUGGAUGGAACAACCACCAUGUCUACUCAUGAAAGGAAAGCAAGUAUUAGAGAGUUCUAUGCGGUGAUUUAUCCUUCACUUCUGCAACUUGAGAAAGGUGUUACUGACACAGAGGAUAGGAUGCAGAAAGCAGUUUGCUUGGAGAGGUACAGGAGAAGAGAUGAUGAUGAGAAUAGGCCACAGUGUACAGACAUAGAAAUUGAAAGAGAAGAAGAAUGUGGUAUAUGCAUGGAGAUGAAUAGUAAGAUUGUAUUACCCAACUGCAAUCAUGCUAUGUGUUUCAAAUGUUACCGGGAAUGGCGAACAAGAUCUCGGUCUUGCCCCUUCUGCCGCGACAGUCUUAAGCGAGUGAACUCUGGCGAUCUCUGGGUAUAUACUGACAGCAGAGACGUAGUUGACAUGGCGACGUUGACUAGAGAGAACCUGAGGAGGCUGUUCGUUUAUAUAGAUAAGUUGCCUCUUGUCAUUCCUGAUAACCUUUUCGACAAAUAUGAUUCCCACCUGAGAUGAUUUUAGUACACACCCCCCAAAAAUGCAUUUGAAUGAGCAGCAGUAGUAUCUUAUAUACUUUUGCUUACCUAAAGACCGAGAUUCGCCCGGUGGAAAAUUUAGAUCAGUUUCUUCCCGCUUCUGAUGAGAAGAACCCGGCCAGAAUUAUUGUUGGCCAGUCGGUGAAGCUAAGAUAGUUUUUUUUUUUCCUUUUCAAAAGGGGUUUCUAAAUUGUAUCUAGAAACUACUCAUUUGUACAUGCUUGUAUAGCUCCUUAAGUUUGCAUAUAUGAAAAUGCUCUGCAUAUUCUGUUUUCCACCAUAAAUUUUGCUCAAUGAUGUGGCAUCAUUUCAAUCAUUUUUGUAGAAAUAGAUGUGAAAUUUGAUAUGCAGGAUGCCAUGAUAUCAACUGAAGAGGGAAAUGUCCAUCUAAGGAAGUGGCCAGAAGAUAUGACCAGUUCUGCCUCUCAUAUGAGCUACAAUUUUAAGAGAGAUCAAACCCUUUAGAGAUGUGUUUUUUUUGUAAAUCAAUGGCAAGGGGUCCAGCAAUGGGGUUUGUGGGACACAUUUGCCACUCAAUCACUUAUUCUUUAACUUAGAUGGAUAAAUAAGAGUAUGCCAAGUGUUGGCCUUUCGCUA